AUGACGGAUACAAAGCCUCUCAAUUUUGCUGAGAACUUUCUCCUGUCUGGAUCAGCAGCUGUUAUCUCAAAGACAACUGUGGCACCAAUAGAGAGGAUCAAAUUGCUUAUACAGAACCAGAAUGAGAUGAUUAAGCUGGGCCGGCUGCCCUCACCAUACAAGGGAAUUGUCAACUGUGCCUGGAGAACUAUACAAACAGAGGGUGUGGUCUCUUUAUGGAGGAGCAAUUUUGUGAACUGUGUCAGAUACUUUCCAACUCAAGCUUUGAACUUUGCCUUCAAUGAUCACAUCAAAACCAUCUUUAAGAAAUCUCCAGGGGAAUCACAUCCCAGAAGAUUCAUCAAAAACAUUCUUUCGGGCAGUGCAGCUGGAGCACUUUCCAACUGUAUCACAUACUCUUUGGACUAUGCCAGAACCAGACUUGCUCUGGACACGAAACUGUUGGUGCAAGCCGGUGCAGACAGACAGUUUUCUGGACUUAUAGAUGUAUAUAAGAAAACAUGGAGGUCUGAUGGUAUACAGGGACUUUACAAAGGCUUUUUUGUUUCUCUUGUUUCCAUCAUGAUCUACCGAGGGUUAUACUUCGGCUUCUAUGACAGUCUAAAACCAAUGGUCCUAGAGAAAGAUCCUGGUUUUUUGGCAUCCUUCACUUUGAGUUAUAGUAUCACAGUGACUGCAAAUUUGAUAGUUUAUCCACUGGAUACCAUCCGGCGCCGUUUGAUGGUGACUUGUGGGGAGAAGAUUCAGUACAAGGGAGCUCUUGAUUGUGCCUUUCAAAUCAUCAAGAAGGAGGGUAGUUUAACGCUGAUGAAAGGAGCCACUGCCAACAUUUUGAGAAACAUUGCAGGGGCUGGUGUUCUUGCAGGCUUUGAUCAGUUUAGGGAUCUUUAUAUCAGUUUGCAUACUAAAAGAUCUAUGACUCAUAGAUCCAAAGUGACUCAAGUCUAG